CUGACGCAGUGAGGGGGCGUCAGUCCAAACAGGAAGAGACAGGAAACACCUGAGUGAUGAAGUUUGCUUCUUCUCGCUCUUCCACCACACACUUGUUCUCCCCCCGGGCCGGAGGUCUGAGGCUCUGCUUCGCGGCGGCGCUGCCCGGGUCCGAGGCGCCAGCAGCGGGAGAGGAGAGGAGGGGGCAGCGUCCGAGCACCACGCUAGGCUAGCUGGUUAGCAUGCUAGGCUAACAACUUUAGCCCUUACGAAGCCUCAACUUGGAGAAACUUUGUUAAAAUCACGUCAUACGUUGGUUCCGGAAGCACCGAUCCGCACAGCAGCUGGAAUAUCAGGAUUUCUCACGUUUAGCGCUUUAUUAACGCCGUCCGGAGGUGUUAGCAUCUGAGCUAGUUAGCUCCCAUCCGCGCCGUGGACGGACCGAGGCUCAGCGGGGAGAUGAGGCGCAGGAACAAACACGUCACUCCCGGUCACUGACACCUCGAGCUGCCGUUAACCGGGUCGGAAGCGUCACGUCAGGUUCCUGCGGCGGAGGCGACCGACCGACCGGUGGAGCGAGGCGGGGUGUUAGCAUGGAGCAGCCGGGCAGCGGCUCCGGGGAGCGGGUACACCACCACCGCAGGUCCGGGGAGAAGCUGCUGCACGGUUCAUCCCGAUCACACAGACUCUGACAGCCCUGCUGCGAACACACACACACACACACACCACAGUCAACACACACACCACAAUAAACACAACAACAACAGCAGCAGCAGCAUGGAGGAGGUCUGAGGCUGCAGACAGAGGAACAACAACAUCCUGCUGAAGAUGGAGUCAAACCCGCUGAUAAACGCCAUGGACCCGUCCAUCACGCUGUGGCAGUUCCUGCUGCACCUGCUGGAGGACCAGCGGCAGAGUCACCUGAUCUCGUGGACGGGUGAGGACGGAGAGUUCAAGCUGCUGGACGCUGAGGAGGUCGCCCGGCUGUGGGGUCUCCGCAAGAACAAGCACAACAUGAACUACGACAAACUGAGCCGAGCGCUGAGAUACUACUACGACAAGAACAUCAUCAAGAAAGUCAGUGGUCAGAAGUUUGUCUACAAGUUUGUCAGUCAGCUGGACCCCUCCCUGCCUGAGGGGGUUCCUAACGGAGAGGACAGCCAGAGGAGGGAGACCGCCGACCCAACCAGCCAAUCAAAAGGCCUCGGGGGCGUGGCCUCAACCUGUCCGUCAAAGGGCUUGGAGCACUCGUCACCCGGCCCCCCCCUGAAGAGCUCCAGAAACGACUACAUGAAGUCCGGCCUCUACUCCACCUUCACCAUCCAAUCACUGCAGGCCUCGCCCAACCCACGGCCAAUCAAAACAGAGCUGCUGCUGCAACAAGACGCGGCGCCCAAGGUGGAGCGCACGCCCCGAGAGGUCUGUGUGAUGUCAGAGUCCAAACCUCUGUCCGUCGGUGACUCGUCUCUUCAGGUGAUCGUCACUCAUCCGUCUCCUUGUCCGACUCCGGCGCUCAGUCCUCAGAUACCAGCCAGCGCCACCAGCCAAUCACAGAAUCCCUCUGCUCCUGCUCUGAGCGAACCUCCGCAGAUUUAUCUCACCAGUGUCGGGGACCCGUCCUCCCUCACCCCUCUCAUCCCCCUCCACGGCCUCCAGGGGGCGCAGCAGGACGACGUGGUCAGCCACGCCCACAGCUUCCCACCUCACACUGCUCCUCACGCCCCGCCCGUCUUCGUCAUAAUCAACCCGCCUCCCCCCCAGCAACAGCACCAGGUGGCCAUGACUCCAGCUCUUCCUUCCCUUGCGCCUCCCCCCCCCACCCGUCCUCCUCCUCCUCCCAUCAUCAUCAAGGAGGAGAACCUGCCAUCAGAGGAGGUGCUGCUGGAGAUAGUUUCUCUAGAGGAGAAGCAGAGGGAGGAGGACCCGGAGCCCCCCCUCACCAUCGUGGAGAGUCCUCCCCCGGCCUACAUGGAGCUCAGGGUCGGAGGUCAGCCGCCUGCAGGGCAGAGGGGAGUGGAGGGGGAGGUCAAGGUCACAAUAACAGAUCCCUCCGUCCCUCCUGUGACCUCAGCUGUGACCUCAGCUGUGACCUCAGCUGUGACCCGUCCAGUGACCUCCACCUCGGACGCAGCUCCUCCGAAACCAAAGAAGCCACGGGGGCUGGAGCUGCCCUCCUCCCCCUCCCUCCCCCCCGGCCUCUCUCUGGAUAAGGUGAAUGCAGCUGUGAACAGUUUACUGGCUCCGGGAUCAGCGACCAACACGCUCACCCCGACCGUCAUCACCUCCCACUCACUGACGCCGGUGCUGUUGACUCCCAGUCCUCUUCCUUCCACCAUCCACUUCUGGAGCACGCUCAGUCCCAUCGCUCCUCGCUCUCCAGCCAAACUCUCCUUCCAGUUUCCCACUAACGGCAGUAAUCAGAUCCACAUCCCAGCUCUGAGUGUGGACGGUCUCUCCACACCGGUGGUCCUGUCCCCUGGUCCCCAGAAGUCCUGAGCCCCCCUGCCCGAAUCAAACAGCUCCUCAGCAGGCUCCUGACUCUUCUGACGAGGCCCCUGG